AUGUUGCUUUCCAUUUCAAUAUACAAGUACAGUAGUAUAAUCCCUAAACAGAAGCCUGUGUUUGACAGGAAACGGACGGUGACUGACGCCCAGCUGAUGCACGACAAGAGCCGGGCGUUGCAGGCCUUCAAGCGUCGCCUCUGGCUGCACGAGCUCCUACAGCAGGUCCACACGGCUGUGCUGCAUGACAUAGCAGUGAUCCGCAACCCCACAGCAAGCAGGCCGGGGCCGGCGCCGCGGCUCAAGCCUGCACGGGUGUCGAAACAAACACAGCCCCUGGCCUUCCCCAUAGACGGGGCCGGAGCCGGGACCCACGUGGUGAGCUCCCCACAAGAGACUGAGAAAGCUUCCGGCUUUAGGGGCCAGUCGGCGAAGGGGCCGGGUCAAAGGAGGAAGGCCACCACCUGGUAUGGGAAGUGGAGUCAGAAGGAGAAGAGGAGGCGGCACAACGCAGCAGUGUAA